ACCAAACAGUAAAAAGACAAAUAAAACUUGACAAAUCACAGUUUUAGUGUUUUGCAUCUUAGAAAACCUGUGGGAUGAACUUUGCUGUAGUGCUCUUGUUUCUUUAGAAUGCAGAGUUGCUAAAAGUACACUGUUUCUCAAGUAAACCUGCAACAACUUCGUCUGUCAGGGUGAAUCACGAAUUAAAAGCUCAUUCAGUCCAGGUUCCUCCCACGUGUCUCGUACCAAGCUGUCCUCACGCUGGAGGGAGGAGGGUCGUGGCGCGUCCUCCUGGUGUCCGUGAACGCCUCACGCCGAGUCCUGGGUAUUUAACAUUCUGCCCUGAACAGCCGCAGGUUGUUGCGCAAGCGCAGCCCAUUCAGUCUGCAUGAAUACGGAGUGAGGAGAGGAUUGGGAGGACACAGUGGACUGGACGGACCGGACCGGACCCAUGGAGGGACAGAGCGGCAGCCGCAGCACCUGCUCCCGGCCACGCGGCACCGAACCGGACGGCAGGAAGAAGAAGAAGAUCCCGGACAGGGUGACUCUGAAGAAGGAGAUCGGGCUUCUGAGCGCCUGCACCAUCAUCAUAGGGAACAUCAUCGGCUCCGGCAUCUUCAUCUCUCCUAAGGGGGUUCUGGAGCACUCUGGCUCGGUGGGUCUGGCGCUGGUGGUUUGGGUCCUGGGAGGCUGCAUUGCUGCAUUGGGCUCCCUGUGCUACGCUGAACUAGGCGUCACCAUCCCCAAAUCUGGAGGCGACUAUUCCUAUGUCACCGAGAUCUUUGGUGGCCUCAUGGGCUUCCUCCUGCUAUGGAGCGCUGUCCUCAUCAUGUACCCGACAACACUGGCUGUGAUCGCGCUCACCUUCUCCAGCUACGUGCUGCAGCCUGUCUUCCCGGACUGCCUUCCUCCCUACAUGGCCACGAGGAUGCUGUCGGCCACCUGCCUCUUGCUGCUCACCUGGGUGAACUGCUCCAGCGUUCGGAUGGCCACCAGGAUCCAGGACGUGUUCACCGUGGGCAAGCUGCUGGCUCUGGGCCUGAUCAUCUUGGUGGGCCUGGUGCAGAUCGUGGGCGGUGAGUGCGCUCUGUCUCCAGCUGCCGGCAGCUGGAGGGAGAGAGGCACGCCCGUGUGUUGUGUUGCAGGGAACUACGAGGCGCUGGCGCCGCCCGGGGCCUUCUCCUGGGACCGCGCGCCGUCCGUGGGCCAGAUCGCGCUGGCGUUCCUUCAGGCCUCCUUCGCCUUCAGCGGGUGGAACUUCCUGAACUACGUCACGGAGGAAGUGGUCGAUCCCAGACGGAACCUACCUCGCGCCAUCUACAUCUCCAUCCCAUUGGUGACCUUUGUGUACACGCUCACCAACAUCGCGUACUUCUCCUCCAUGUCGCCCGAGGAGCUGCUGUCCUCCAACGCUGUGGCUGUCACGUUCGGGGAGAAGCUUCUGGGCGCGUUCUCCGUAGUGAUGCCGAUCUCCGUGGCGCUGUCCACCUUCGGGGGAAUCAACGGUUACCUGUUCACGGCGUCCAGGUUGUGCUUCUCCGGCGCCAGAGAGGGCCACCUACCCAGCCUGCUGGCCAUGAUCCACUGCCAGAGCUGCACCCCCAUCCCGGCGCUGCUGGUCUGCUGCGCCGCCACCAUAGUGAUCCUUUGCAUCGGGGAGACGCACAACCUCAUCAACUACGUGUCCUUCAUCAACUACCUGUCGUACGGCGUCACCAUCGCGGGGCUGCUGUUCUACCGCUGGAAGAGGCCCGGCCUGUACCGACCCAUCAAGGUGACGCUGCUGGUUCCGGUGUGUUACCUGAUGUUCUGGGCCUUGCUGCUGGGCUUCAGUCUUUACUCAGAACCGGUGGUUUGUGGCGUGGGCCUGGUCAUCAUGCUCACUGGGGUUCCCGUCUACUUCCUGGGCGUCCAUUGGAAAAAAAGGCCAAAAUGCAUCUACAACUUCAUCGAGCGGGCCACGUCUGUGGGCCAGAGCUUGUGCUUCGUGGUCUUCCCUCAGCUCGACCCCGUGGAGGUCAGCGGGCCUCCGGAGUGGACGGACCGCGCGUCGGGCAGGAGCAGCUUGUCUGCGCAUCCUUAAAACUCUGAUCUGAAUAUGUGAGGAUGCUUUUCUCGUGUGAUCCUGUCGCUGUGUAAAUCCACACAUCUGCUGUUUGGAGCCUCCUGUCUCCCGACGGUUUGGAAACGCCCGCUCUGCUGCAUGAACCGCCUGCACGUUCUCUUUUCUACCGCGUCCUCACGCACAACAACAACGACGACAACAACAGCCGACAGUGUGACAGAGUGAGGACAACGUUGGUGCUGAUGAUGCUGUCUUUUCUGGAUGCCUUUUCAAACCACAUCCCAAACACAUCUCUGUUCAAAAAGCGUCAGCGUGCCUGUUUAACAGCCUCUGUGUUCUGCUGGCUUCUAGUAUUUGUUAAUGGGAAAACCGGUUUGUUCACUCAGUAGGUUUUUGAGGAAAUCUGGUGGUUGGUCAAAACAUCUGGAGAAGGUUUGGGAGUGUUUUAGGCCUAACGUAGUCACAGGUCUGUCUGUAUGAUUUGGAUGAGGACAUUCCUACGAUGGGACCAGUUCUAGGUACCACGGCCCAGUGCUGUAGGACGUCAUAGUCAUUGUUCUUGGUACUUAAAUGUGGCUACUGUCUGUUUAUUAACCCAUUCACUAAUAUAUUCUACGAAAGUC